AUGGCCGAUUCCUUUGACGAUAAGCUCGGGCCUCAGUCGGCAUCUCAAGGCCCGCUGGCUCGCAAGAAAUUUGCCAAACCACCGGUGAAGGUGGCCUUCGCGCUUCAAGAACACGGUGCGCCGGGCAAGAUCCCUGUGCUAGUCGGCCACCUAAAGAAACGAAUCUUGUCCCCGGCAGUCGAGGAGCAGUCACCUCAGGAAGAUGUCCAGUACGCCGAUAUUCCGCAGGCUGAUUUUGAAGCAGCAUCGGAGAUCUUUGAUCAAAUUGAUUUGCUCUCUGUUCCCGGAGCAGGCUUACGACACCUAGACCUUCAAUCAGAUAUUCCCUCUAUCUUCCAAGGGGUUUAUUCCAGUGAUGGUUUCAUCAACACAGUGCCGUCGGAGUUGGGAAAUUCCUCACCAUGCCUGGUGAGAACUUAUGGGAGUGAAGCAGAAAUGCCACUGAACUGUCCAAUAUCAUUCGCAAAUCCGGCUUCGGAGGUGCCGCUCAUGGUCUAUCGACCUCGUUCACCUCUAAGCCUUGCGGUUUCUGCCAUCCUCGCCCUGAUUCCUCAUCCUAACGACCCUGAACCAUCAUCCACAGCAUCCGUCACCCAUCGCAGGACAUAUGCUCAUACAUUAGCACAGCUGGCCAACACGGCCAUAGAAUCGGAUUGUGACCUUGACGUGUCUUCAUGCGACCCAGGUCAAGCAUUAUCAAGCGGGCGGCCUUUUAUCAAUCGAGAAAGAUUCCAUCCUCAGACUCCGGCAGAUCUGGAGAGUCUCUUAGCGCUGUUGGUGCUAUCGGUGUACGAGUACUGCCAACGAGGGAACUUGCUCAAAAUGAGAUAUCGCGCCGGACAAGCUUUGGCCAUUGCCCUGGACAAAUCUCUUCAUGCCCAUGGAGAAGAAAUUGAUGAAUUCUCCGAGGCUCGACGGAGAGCGUGGUGGAUGACGUAUCACUGUGUCAUUCAGGGAUCUAUAACGAGCACAACGCCUCCUGCGAUCGUCAUCAACGACCCUCAAUUCACAACCCCUUAUCCACGCUUUGCAACCGAUGUCGAGGGAUGGUCAAUCUUCACACAGGCUCAACAAGUGCUACUGUCAGCGACUCAGUUCGUUGCUGAUCUUAACAAAUGUCUGACAUCGGGAUCAGAUAUGCAUUACCUUUUCGAGCGGAUGCAGCAUCUAGAUGGCUGGAUUAACUCUGUUCUCACACAGAUCGAUUUACUUCCUCCAAUUCCACAGGAAACAGGAUUCGGUGAUUACCAAGAAACCAUGACAGCGCACACUAUCCGUGCCAUCUCCCGCAUAAAGCUAUCCAGUGCGCAAAUCAAAGUCCAUCGUUUCCGAGCCUUCUCCGACAUCCCCAUCUUCAUCAAGAAACAUUGCGACUUGACUGCGGCUGCCAAUCCUAACGCCCCAAAAACCGAUGCGGUCAUCAAAUCCCCCAUGUCUGGAAACGGGCAUGCCGGCCUCCAAUGCUUAAACAAUAACAUCGAUCCAUUUCAACGAGCCUCAUCAACCGAGUACCUGACACCCCCCGAUUCCUCUACCUCCUCAGAAAUCCGCCCUUCCUCUAUCCCACAGUAUCCGCGGCACCCCUUCACCUCCGGAUUUCCUUACAGCUGCGAGCACUCCGCCAAAGUCUGUCUCGGUGCUGCGCUGGUAAUCUCACGCAUGUUGAAAGCCCUGCCUCUUCCACAGCCGCUCUUGGACCCUCAAUAUCAGCAUGAUCAGCGUCAUCAGCAGCAGCAGCAGCAUUAUUACAGCGGCUCUCUUCCUCGUACCAUGCCCUACUUUGCUUGCUGUCUAAUGCACAGCAGCUACACACUCCUCAUGGUAUUCUAUAAGGCGCGUGUCGCGAAGAGGCUCUCUCCGGAUUCGGAAAAUGAUUAUGUCGAAGGCUCCACUGAUCAGCUCAUAGCUGAGAUUCGGCAGGGACUGCAGCAUAUUAUCGCUGCCUCGUCGAAUUACUCUCUUGCUUUUGAGGCAUUGGAUGGGAUGAGAGAUGAAAUCAAAGGUGCAUAUCAAGCAGCGUUUUCCUUGACAUGA